CUUUUAAAGUUGAUAGCAGAAAAAUCAGUAAGAAAAGAAGAUUUAAGUAGUGAUGUUAAAAGAUUGGUAGAUUAUAUAUGGUUAGAGGCUUCAGGUCAAUUAGAAGAUAUAUUAACUCUACCUAUAACAGAUAUUAAAUUACAACAGAUAGAUAAAGUUGAAGGUGUAUUAUUGGAAAUUAAGAAAUGUUUAACAAAUAAUGAUAAAAAUAAGAUAACUGGUUUAUUAAGUGAAUUUUACUCUAUAUUACCACAUAAAACAGAAGAUAUAGAUAAUGUAGAUAAAAGAUGGCUUUCAAAUAAACAAGACCUAUGUCAGUUAAUAAGAGAUAUGAUAUCAGUAACAGAAGCUACUAACUGGUCUAUUAGAAGUAGUAGUGAAGCUAAAUACAAGGCAUUACGAUGUCAUAUUCAACAUUUAGACAGCAAUAAUACUCAGUUUCAUACAGUCAAGAAUAAUAUACUCCAAUCUUUAGAUAGUGAUAUGAAGGUUGAGAUACAGAAUAUAUAUGAAGUACACAGACCAAUAGAAGAUGAUAGUUUUGCUCAUAAACUCCAUCCAAAACAAUUGUUAUAUCAUUCUUCAAGAGUUGAAAAUUUUGUUGGUCUUCUUUCUAGAGGAUUGUUGUUACCUAAAGUGGUAGUAGAUGAUUAUGGUGGUAAAAGAACGGAUGCAGGACUAUUGGGAAGUGGAAUUUAUUUUGCUAAUUCAGCCAGUAAAAGUGCCAGAUAUUCGAGUGCUAGUAAAGUUAUUGGUAGUAGAUUUAUGUUGGUAUGUGAGGUGGCAUUAGGUAAUAUCUAUAAGACUACAGAAUAUAAUAGUGAGUUAAAACAACCACCUGAUGGUUAUAACAGUGUACAUGGUGUCAGUUCAGUUGACUCAGAUUUUAAAGAUGAUGAGUAUGUUAUAUAUAAUACUAAUCAACAACGUAUACAAUAUCUAGUAGAAUUUAUAAUUGAUGGUGACCAAAAUAAAACUUUAGAUAUCACUGAUAUAGACAAUGACAUACAUAUUCAACCAAACAGUUUACUUACUCAAUUUGAUAAUAUUGCUAUUGAUGACAUAAAAGAUGUAGAAAACCCAUUGGAUAAAGUUAAGCCAGGCCUGAUAUCAACUGGUUCAGAUAAACCUGUUGAUUUAAAAUCAGUUCAUAUUAAAGCUAGAUUAUUAGAUCUAGCUGCUCAGGUGAUAGUUUUACAAGAAUAUUAUAAUAGUAGUACAAAUAGUUCUAUAGAAGCUAAAUAUGUCUUUCCAUUAGAUGAUAUGGCUGCUGUAUGUGGGUUUGAAGCCUUUAUUAAUGGAAAACAUAUUAUUGGUGAAGUAAAAGAAAAGGAAAGGGCUAGGAAAGAAUAUAAAGAAGCUAUAAGUGAAGGACAUGGAGCUUAUUUAAUGGAUAGAGAUGAAGAAACACCUGAUAUAUUUACAGUAAGUGUAGGUAAUUUACCACCCGGUGCCUGUGUUUUGAUUAAAAUAACCUACGUAGCAGAACUACAAGUUGAAGGAGAAGAGAUAAGUUUUAGAUUACCUGGUAGUGUUGCUCCAUGGAAAAAGGAUAUUGCAAUCAAUGAUGUUACUCAGUCAGAAUUAGAUACAUUCAAUUUAAAACAACAGAAGUCUACACUGCAGAUAGCUGUAGAAAUGCCUUUUGAUAUUGUUCAACUCUACAGUCCAACAAAUAAAGUUCUUAUUAAGAAAACAGCCAGUAAAGCAGUAGUUAGAUUAUGUGAUUAUGAACAGAUUGGUGAUGGUUUUCAAUUAUUGAUUGGUUUAAAUGAGAUUCAUGUACCUAGAAUGUGGGUAGAGAAAACGCCAUCUGACUCUGAGAAUAGGGCAUGUAUGUUAACAUUUUAUCCUGAGUUUGAAUCCAGAGAUAAUGAAGAUUGUGAAAUAAUAUUUAUAUUAGAUUUAUCCAAUUCUAUGACUGGACAUGGUUUAGAGGAUGCUAAAAAACUUAUCUAUUUAACAUUACAUCAUUUAUCAGAAAAAUCUGAAUUCAACAUUCUUGUUUUUGGUACUGGAUAUGAAGAGUUAUUUACAUGUAGUGUUAAAGCAACAGAGUCCAAUCUACAAACAGCUAAACAAUUUCUUAAGAGAUUAUGUGCUGAUAGAGGUAAUACUGAACUAUAUCAACCAUUACAUAGUCUAUAUCUACUACCACCAACUAAUACAACCAGAAAUAUCUUUAUAUUUUCUGAUGGUCAUAUAAAUAAUGAUGAUACUGUACUAAAUACAGCUUCACUACAUUCUAAACAUUCUAGAAUCUUUACAUUUGCUGUCAGUUCUACUGCUAAUGUUCAUUUCUUACGAGGUUUGGCCAGAGUCAGUGGAGGUUCAUAUGAAUAUUUUGAUAGAAAAACCAAAUCUAAAUGGGAAGGAAAGAUAAAAGAUCAGUUGAAUAAAGCUUGUCAACCAAGUUUAACAUCAGUCUGUGUAGAAUGGCAACAGUUUGAUGACAAUUUACCAGAACCUAUUCAAGCCCCAAGAAAAAUAACAGCUUUAUUUAAUGGUUCUAGACAAGUUGUUUAUGGCUUUGUUCCUAAUUGCACUUUGGCAACAUUAAAAGCUGUUAUUGAUGGUGAAGAAAUAUCUACUGUUGUUUCAACUCCUGAUUUAAAUAUUACAACAGGACAGAUAUUACAUAGACUAACAGCUAGAAGUGUUAUAAGAGAUUGGGAAGAUGGUAUGCUAUCAUCUGAUAAAACACAACAUGAAGUUAUAAAGAAGAAUCUAAAAGAGUAUAUAAUAAAUAUUAGUAAAGAAUAUUCAUUAGUUACUCAGUUUACAAGUUUUAUAGCUGUAGAAAAGAGAGAUGAUAAAGAUUUAAAACAAGGUAGGGGUCCACAGAUAAUAGAUUUAGUUGAUCAAGAGGAUGUAGAUAUAUUAUCAGAGAUAUCUUGGCCUGUUACUGAAACACCUGAUCUACUGCUACAUGAUAACAAGGUAGUUUCAGAUUUUAUCAUAUCUAUAUUCUAA